AAAGAUCCCUCCACCAAAGCCCACCGCAUCGGCCUAUCUACCUAACACCAAAACAACCCCCCCUCCCCCCACCCUCACCCAAAAAAAAACAAAAAAAACUCUCCAAUCCUUCAACCACCAGGGAGUACUUGGUAGAUCAGAUAGAUGGAGGUAGAGGUGAAGCUACGCCUCCCUGACUCCGCUUCUCACCAGAAGCUCUCCGACCUCCUCAAACCCUUCCACCUCAUAACCCACCUCCAAGAAAAUGUCUUCUUCGACGGCGGCACCGCUGAGCUCUCAUGCAAGCGCGCAGUCCUCCGCAUCCGCUUCUACAACGGCGACUCCCGUUGCGUCGUCUCUCUCAAAGCCAAAGCCGUUCUCGUCGAUGGCAUCAGUCGCGUUGAAGAGGACGAGGAAGAUAUCGAUCCUUCCAUUGGUCGUGCUUGUGUUGCUGAACCAUGGCGGCUUGGUUCUGUUGAUUCUUCGAGGAUCUUGAAGAGGGUUAAGGAGGAUUUCCAUGUCGCUGAUCACAAUUUCGUGUGUUUGGGUGGGUUUAGGAAUGUGAGGUCGGUGUAUGAUUGGAAAGGGUUGAAGUUGGAAUUGGAUGAGACCCAGUACGAUUUUGGGACGUGUUAUGAGAUUGAGUGCGAGAGCGAUGAUCCUGAAGGUGUUAAGAAGUUGCUUGAAGGGUUCUUGAAGGAUAAUGGGAUAAGCUAUUCUUAUUCGGAGGUCUCCAAGUUUGCAAUUUUCCGGUCGGGGAAGCUGCCAUAGGUCUAUUAUUCUCUGUUCUGGAUUAUUGUGGAUUCCUGUUAGUGUGGAACUGAUAAGUUUAUUGGUGAUGUGAAAAGUUAAUGUUCUGCUUCUCUUGCUGGCAAUAGUUCUUAUGUAUUCUUCUUCCUAGCGGUUCUGUAUUGAAUAUCAUAACAUGUCUUCAAUGCUACAGUUGCUAUUUUAUUGAUAUCACUUAUUUUGAUGA